CAUUUAUGAUGUGGAAUUAGACCUGGGCGGUAUAACGCUAAUGGAACAUCGGGCAUCCUGCAGUAGGUCCAUGGAUGAUCUGCUCCCCGCACAUGGUGUGCUUUGCUAGCUGGUUGAUGCUGUUUUAUCCACCCCAGAAUAACGCUCAAGCCCAUGAAAGCAAGACUCAAGACUUUUGGUCCCAGAGUGAAGAAGUGCACCAGAUGUCAAGUGCCCUCAGAUCUAAGAUGGAGCGGCAGUGGCUCUGCCUCUGCAUCUGGCUACAUACCACAGGUUACCUCACCGAUUCCAGUUUAUUUCAGACUCCACCAUGUAUUAUAGCCCUGAACAGCAAUACCACAGAAAUUGCCUGUGUAAUAAAAAGUGAGGAGCUUUCUAAUCAGGGCAUUUACUGGUACCGCUGGAGCAAGGGGACCAAAACUUUCCAGUUUAUAGCAUUUGCGACAAUGAUGAACAGGUACACUUAUGGCAAUGGCUUUAAGGACGACAGAUUUUGUAUAAGCAAGGACAGCUUCCGAAAAUCCCUUUCCCUGAAGAUUCUCCGGCUUCAGCCAUCAGACAAUGGCACCUAUUACUGUGCUGUGUCCCAUUCUUCAAUGCUCAUCCUCGGCAAUGGGACAGAGCUGAGUGUGGUCGACUCUUUGCCUCCUGCCAAGAAAGCUAAAGAGGAAGAGUUAUACCCAAAGAAGACUUCAAAUUGCAGAAACAUGCAUAGGUCGUCUAGAAACAAGAAAGGUGCUUCCUGCAGCAGCUUCAUCUGGGCCCCCCUGCUGACGUGUGCUGUUCUUCUACUGCUGGCCCUGGCUGUCGUCAUCCACCGCUUUCAGCGCCUGCGCCGGAGGCUGAGGCUUCACUUCAGGAAGCAGGUUCUUAAAUGAGACUAAUGCCUGGAGAACACUUCUGU